UUUCAGAACACUUGUGAAGGUAAAGCUUGAGUUCGAGGUCAUUUACGUCCAAGGGCAGAUCAAACGCGAGUUAAAGAUGGAGUCUAAGAGUUGUUUUAAACAGGACGAUUAAAAUUCAUAAGAAGAAAAAAUAGUGAUCAAAAUGACUAACGCGGAAACGUUGAUCCGUAAAGGGAAGUCAGGGGCUGCAGCGUUUGUCCAGGCUGAGUGCAUGGCAAACAAGGCAGCAGGAACUAGUUCAGGACUUCCUUCGGCGGUAACUCAACCUCCGGCCCAUCUCCAGGCACUGCUAGACUACCUACUCCAUCCUUCUAACGCUAUAGGAGAUAGUGAGACGAUAGAUUGGUGUAGAUGGUUGGUUGGGGGAGGCCAGAAACCUGAGGAUUUCUCUACAAAAGUGCAAGAAUAUAACAACACUAAUAUGUGCGGGUUAGUGUGGACUGCUAACUUUGUUGCUUAUAGAUGCAGUACAUGUAGAAUAUCACAGUGUAUGUCUCUGUGCCGGGAUUGUUUCCACAGUGGGAAUCAUAUAGCUGAGGGGCAUGACUACAACAUGUUCAAGUCCCAGGCUGGAGGAGCUUGUGAUUGCGGUGAUGCAUCUGUGAUGAGAACAUCAGGGUUCUGCUCAAAGCAUGGUCGUUGUUCUGAUAAACAUGUUGCUGGUCCUCCUGAUGAAUUGCUAUGUGUAGCGGAGAAUAUGCUUCCUAAGCUUAUUCUCCGACUGGUUCAACAUCUUCGGGAGAAAAGUGUCAACUUAACGGAGAACCCGAACUCUCGGCAAAAUAUAUCGCUUGAGGACGCUGACGGGUUUCUUACUCUUCUUCAUGAUUUCUGUGAGAUGGGUUCAGCAAUGAGACACGUGAUUAUCGGCUGUCUUGUUAAUAGCAAAAUUUACACGAGUUUAACUCAAAACAUAUUAAAAGACGACUCCGAGUACGCAAACUAUAUGCGUAAAUCCUCGGAUAAAUAUAACGCGGCAGUUUCUGGAUUGCCUAGUCCUGAUCCAUCCAAGAAGUUCUGUGAGUGUCCUGCGCUUAACUCCAGUCUUGUUCAUACAACCUUCCUGGAGGAGUUACUCUUCUGGACCGUCAGAUACGAGUUUCCCCAGAAACUCGUAUGCUUGCUCCUAAACAUGCUUCCUGACCAGAAAUAUAAGGAGUUGUUUACCAGGGCCUUCGUCUUGCAUUACUCCAGGAUGUCCACCAUGUUGGACAAAUCCGGGAUAUCUGAGACCUUGUCCAACAGAGUUAUCCACGUCUCAGUCCAGCUGUUCAGCAACGAGGCUCUCACUCUACAGAUGACAGAGGAUCUUCAUCUUGUUCACAUCAUCGUGUUCUCCAUCAAGAACAUGAUGUCCACCGUGUUAACCCUGAACACCCUCGGGGACGUUCAGCAAAACUAUCACGAGAUUGUUGACUGUGGGGAGCAUGUUAUGAAGGAUCACUGCUACUGGCCGUUAGUAUCUGACCUCAACAAUGUUCUCUCUCACCCCUCCAUCGCCUACAAGUUUAUGGAGGAUGAGAAACAGCUCGCGAUGUGGUUUGAUUUCCUGCCCAUGUUCCAGGGGAUGAAUGUAAACAAUCGUGAGAUGAAAGCCCAUAUUGAGUUUGAACCGAAUACUUACUACGCGGCAUUUUCUGCUGAGUUAGAAGCUGCCUCCUCCCCCAUGUGGUCCCUUGUCUCCCACCUAAAGGACGCGUCCAGCAGGCAUCUUACAACCAACGUGAUUAAACACUGUCUUGGUGCAAUCAAAAACUGGUUUGAUGCAAUCUACUUCCUUCGUCCUGAUCAGUUAGACCGUCUCAAGAUGUCAUUUCAUCUUCCUCUCCAUCGAUACUUUGCAGUUUUUCUUAGACAGGCUGUUAAGUAUCAAGGAUUCUCUCUUGAUGAUCUGCUCCCUGACAAGGAAACCCUUCAUCUAAUGAUGAUGCAUCCCCUGGGAGUACAGGUUGCGUUCUACGAGAUCAUGAACCAUUUGUGGGUUAGAAACGGACUACAGAUUCGAGGACAAGCUAUGACGUACAUACAAUGUCACUUUUCCAACUCCAUGGCAGACCCAGAUAUAUUCCUUCUCCAGAUCUGUUCUACCCGCCUUGAUCCCUCUGUGUUCCUGAAAACUAUCCUGGAACGGUUUCAUGUUCGGCCCUGGCUCUCAUUGGCUGCGGAGAAGGAACCCGAACCUCUCAAUCUUGCAGAACAGGAGCAGGAGGGUCCUAUGAUGGAGUCAGCUCUGAUAUUCCUAGUUUCUCUUCUCACACUCAGAACCAACCUAGGACUCUCAGAGCAGGAUUUGACAAGGUUAGAAUUGGCGACUUUACUAUUUAUGGACGAUAGGACACAUUCGUCUUUAUCAGAACAAAUGCCGGAGAAAAACGGGAACGGAGUUCCGGACGAUUUCGAGUCGUUUCUCUCCGAAGUCGGAAGCUUUCGAGAACCACAGUUUGAACCUGGCGGUGUGAUGCAGCAGGGUUUAUAUGUACCUAAACCUGAGAUCUGGGAGACUAUGUAUGAUCCUAUAUAUGUUCUACUCAGAGCAGUACACAGGAGAGAGUUCCAGAACUCUCUGGACAGAUUCAUAGCUUACUCACAGAAGAACGGAAAGGUUAAUUCCGACUCCGGAGAGAAGAAUGGAACCCUGUGGCCUCCCUGGAGACUACCAACUGCCUGUGAUCCUAGCUUUACCGAUCCACGGACUAUUUUACACUCAAGGUUUGCUCAUGGACUAAUCUUCAACCUGCUGUACAAGGGAGUUUAUGGAGUUGGUUCUUCUGGUGAGAAGAAGGAGUGUAGUGAACAGAUACUAUCUUUAACCGUGUUCCUAUUGGAGCUCGCCCUUUCCUUCCCUCAGACUGAUUAUUCGGGCAAGGAAUUGGCAGUUUCUACCCCCUGGUUGAUAGUUCACGAACCUCUAGAUCUAGAUUAUGAGUCCUGGUUUCCAACUAACUGGUUGUCUGCCAACCUACGACAUACUGUGACCGCCCUGUUCACCAACCAUGUCUCCGACCCCAACACCAGUAUGGAGGUGGAUCAGGUGUCGGAUACAGGUUCAAACUCGGACAGUGAAACCACACCGUACUUUGUUGAAACUCCAACUAGCGACGUUCAUGACAGUUCAUCUCCACCCAGGUUACAAAGUAGUCAACACUCAGCUAUAACAAUGUCUCCUAGUAGUAGUAAUGCUCUUCUACCCUUCCCGUCAGGAACCAUGGAACACAUAACUAGUGUCGUCUUACAGUCAUCAAGAGCUAAAAACGAUGGAACUGUCGAUCUUUCAAGAGCUCUCCUUGAGCUCCCUAUGGAUGAGGAUGAAGAGGUUGGUGCACUAGGACUCAUACCCAGACCAGAUCCGGCCUUUCACAGCCAACAACAACUAUCAAGCAAUGCUCAUAGAUCGGUGGUCAAUAUUAAUGAAAGCAUCAUUAGUUUACUUGUUAAACUUCAUUCUAAAUUGUCUGGGAAACCGGACUCCUACACACCUAAACCAGAGCGUGGUAAAGUUCCCAGCCUUGCUCAUACGCUUACUCCGGAGUACGCAGAAUCUAGAAUCGGUGACGCAUGUUUUUUUGUUGAGAAAGUGUUAGAUAAAAUUUGUGAUCUAGAUUCAGCAUGUGAACAUUUUGUGAAACAUAUACGGGCUCAACUCUGGCCGGUUCAGCACGCCAAAGAUUCAAUGGAAGAUCUGGAACAAGAAAGAGACGAGAUUGAGGCUAGGAAGCGACGAGCCAAGGAGCGUCAAGCCAAGAUGAUGGAGGAUUUUGCUGAACGUCAGAAACGGUUUAUGCGGAAGAAUGAAGAGACCGAGGACAUCACUGAUAAAGAUUCUGAUCAUGAAACCUCGACAGUUUGCAAUGAAUACGAUUGUGUGCAUUGUCACCAGACUCAGGCUAGUACUCUAGAUAAACCUAUUGGCCUCGUUGUUCUCAUGCAAGCUACGUCAGUUUUAGGACACAAGCACAAUAAUAACGAGCAUCUCAGCCUACCCGUUCGGGAGGAAGAUCGUUCGAAGCUAGCGGUAGAUGAUAGUUUAUCAACUGAAUAUGAAUCCAGACUUGAAGAGUUGAUGAGACAUUUUGACCCUACGUCUUACCUUCUCUCCGUGAACUCUGGUUGGCAGGGCGGAGUAUCCGUCCAGUCCUGUGGACAUCAUGUACACCUUGACUGUCAGCAAAGCUACAUGGAAAGCUUGAAGAAUACUGCAAACUCCCAGGCAUCAUUAGUUCUAAUGGUGGAGAAGGGUGAGUAUAUGUGUCCCAUGUGCAGGCAGCUAGCCAACGGAGUUCUUCCUAUCCCACCAGACAAGGAGUUUCUAAAAGCUAAAUCACAAUGUCCUGUCUCGAUAGGUCGUGAGCUCACGGAUAUUUUAAAGAUGCCAACUAAACCUAUGAUAAAUCAAUCUAAUAUGUACAGUAUGAUGAAUCAGAUCAUGGAGAGUCUGACUAAAGCAACUUAUCCUCAGUAUCAUCAUCUGGAUUCUGUUCAUGCUAUUGUUAUGUUUGUCUCUAGUAUUGCAAGAACCAACCUGGAGCUGGAUCUAGUUUCCAGAGGAGGAACACUGCUCACAGCAAAAACCAUUCUAAACUCUCCACUCCCCUCCUCCUUCAGACCUAGGACGUGUUUCUUGCCUCUCCUUCAAGUUUUAGCAAUUCAUAUGAAAAUCAGGUUUCCUAAAUCAAUGGUCACGGAUUGGUGCCAAAUCACAGGACUCUGGCAGAAUGAGGAGGAGCGUAGUCUCAUGGUGCGCAAGAAUGAGGUUCCAAUCUUGUUAAAGGAUCCUUCAACCCUACUUCUUCAUUUCACACUGAUCCUCCCUCUUCAGAUGGAUAAAAUGUUCUUCGUCUCUAUUGUCCGUCAACUCUACAAUCUGUGUUGGAUGCAGGCUUGUCUCAAGGUUGCCUGUAGGCUUCCUCCAGAACUUAGAGCACAACUCCGGGAUGAAUGGAACAGGAAAGUGAGUCAAAAUGAGACACCGUCCUAUGUGAAGGUUGACACGGUUCUCCUGGGUAUAGGUUUAGUUUGCUCUGUUUUAGAAUUGUCUCGAAUAUUUGAUGACAAUGUCGAUGAUCCCCGACACAGUACAGCUACAAGGUUGAGUGCAGAUGUAUCACUCCAGGGUUAUGUACAAGCAGAGUGUCUGAACUACAUGAGAAUUGCGUCUCUACUUCGUCAUUAUCUAUACAACGACACGAUCCCGGAUAUCUGGGAGGAGGACUGGGAGUUUACACGGUUAGCACAGCACCUAGGAAUGGCAGAUAUAGAUAUCAGUGGACGUGUAUCCUCGGGGCCAUGUCUGGGUUGGUUAACUGCUCCAGCUAACCUGUGCUACACCUGGUGUAGAGAGAUUGGAGAGUUUGCCCAACUCUCGUAUCUUUCUGCUCGGAGACUCAUCCUUGUUAACAGCUCUUGGAAGCAACCACAACUACUAAGGCUUCCUAAAAACUACGAUUCAAUUUUCCAGUUCUACUAUAAGCGCGUGUGUCCGAACUGUAUGAAGGUUCCUAAGGAUCCUUCUAUCUGUCUACUCUGCGGAGCUAUGGUCUGUCUCAAGGAAAGCUGUUGUAAAUUCUUAGCUUCAGGUAAUUUUGAAGCCGUGAGACAUAGUGUUGAAUGUGGGGCGGGGACAGCACCCUACCUGGCGGUCAAUUCAGCAACUAUUGUUGUUAUCCGUGGGAAGCGAGCUUGUAUUUGGGGAUCUAUAUAUCUAGAUUCAUACGGAGAGGAGGACAGAGAACUCAAGAGAGGAAAGCCUCUAUUCCUUAGCGUGGAACGAUAUCAUUUCCUAGAAUCCCAAUGGUUAACUCAUAGGUUCGAUCAUACCAACCGGAAGUGGAUCUGGCACAGAGAGAAUCUGUAAAUAGGAAUCAGGAUUAAGUGAUGUCAACAUUUAGUGAUAAAAAUAGAUUUCCCUUCUUGGGAGAUCAAUCUGUAAAGGUUAGGGAAUAGUUUCUCGUUGGAGAAGAUUUAAAAUAUUUUUAGUCUUUUAACAUUUUCCUCAAUACUUUGGUAACUCACAGUUCCAUAUGAGUGAUGAAAUAAUUAGGACAUUUUUUAAAUACGUACAUUGUACUUGGUACACUGCACACAGAAAAUCUGAGCCUGAAAUUUUUAAGAGUAUCGUUGAAUGAAACUCGAGUUUCCUUUUUGGGGUCUUAACAUUUGUGUAGAUUUUGAUUUAAGAGAUUCGAAAAAAUGGAGAAUAUGACGAAACUAAAUAAAGUAUUAUUUCAUAACACAAAUAUUUAUUAUCACAAAACUGCCUAACCCCAUUCGUGAAACCUGGGGUUUAAAACUGGUUUUCAUAACGAUACCCUGUUUUAAGUUUUGGGCUCUGUACUCAGUAAACAGUACAUCGAACUACUGAACUAAUGACCCAGGCAGAUAUAACCACUUUUCUUGUUUCACUUAGUUACUUUUAAACACAUUGUCAGAAUAUUAAUUCUUGAAGAAUUUACAAUAGUUACGGGGGAGGGGGGCACUUGUUAUUCAUUCAUUUAUUCAUUCGUACAGAUACAGAUAAAUACGAGUCUGUGCAGUUUUACUUGAAUAAAAUAAAGUUUAUGUUUCGUUAUCAAUCAAAAUUUACAUAUUUUGUUCUUGAUAUUUUAUGCUUAACUUUGUUAUGUUGCUUUUAAAUAUGUUUUUUCUUCACAAUGUAAUAAUGAAUCUUUCUUUGUAUGUAAAAUCACUUAAGUUUCAUGUAAUAUUUAUAGGAGUCACUUUUCAUGCUUUAUCAUCUAUUCUUAUAAUUUGGUUUUGAAUUUAUAAAAAUUUUGGUUUAUUUUGCUUAUUUCGCUUUUUUUAAAUUCUGAUGAAUGAAAUCUCUAGUGAACAAGGAGAGCAGGGAGAUGAGUCUUGAAACCCAGUUUCUAAGAUAUCCGUCGAUACAACAUUACUCUGGAUUCUUUUAUGUCAUUUUAUAUUUAACAAGAAAUCACACUGCUUUAAACCAAAAACCUCACAAAUUUUUUGUAUAAAUAUCACCGUACAGAAAAUAAACUUAACUAUAGUGACAUUUUUUAUACACGACAGGUUUCCAGAACCGCUCCCUGUACUGCUGAUUUAUCAUAACAAAUUUGUGUAGAUUGACUGAUUUUAUUUCCCUUAUGUGUUACCCUGUUAUAUUGAUCGCCCAGGGCAUUCUAUGCUAUGCAUUAAUUAUUUAAAUAAAGUAGAUAAUCUAUAUAAUA